AUGAAUCAGUUCAGAUCAGGCAAGAACUUACAGUCCAAUCAAACCCCUUCCACCACCUGGAUUUUCACCAACUCUCCUCCACAGUUGGACGGUUUGGAGUCCCUUAAGGGUUGGCAAAAGACCACUGUCGAUGACAGUAAUGACCCCAGCUUGAGGUUCAACUCCGAUGACGUAAUAGACUUGAACAGCUGGAAAUACCAUAAGGAAGUUCCAAUUGUUGAUCAUACGAACCAAACACCACACUCCGAUGAAUUUGACGAAAACCUGGAUCCUCCUGAGCCUAAACAAGAAGAGGAACUGUCAUUAUUAGGUGGGUUAGUAGGCUGA